GGUGGAAGCGAGGGCCAGCUUGCUACCGCCCCCCCCCCAAAACGAGCCUCCCCAGUGGAAGUGAUGUCGAAGCGCUGCCCCUUGGCCGCUGCCCCUGGCCCGCUCCUUUCCUGUGGCAGGAUAUGACGCGUCCGCGGCGCUGUCCUCGCUCGCGAUGUGUUUACGCCCUGAGACAGUCAUACGGGGGAAGCAGCUUGCCGGCGAGCAGACGGGCUGUCGUUUCCUGCCAUUCGCGACGCGCCGGUGGUCCCAAGACCAGGAUGCCGUGGGGGAGAGGGGCCUCCCAGGCCUUGCUGCAGCUGGCCGGCAGGGUUAGCGAGCGCCCGGGGGCCAGACGCUCCAGCCACUCCGAGAUGAACGUGGAGGCCUGGGCCGGCUCCCAGGACCAGGCCGCCGCUGACCUCACGCCGUCCCCGGCGCGCCCGGAUAAGCUGUGCCUGGACUCCUUCUGGAGCGAGGUAGAGACCAUCCGGCAGGGCGGCUCCUACAGCGAGUCGGACGGCGCCCGGCGUGACUCCAAGAACUCAGAAGAGGGCGAGCAGGAGGUGCAGUGGCUGCAGGACGCCGGGCUGUCCACGCUGAUCAGUGGCGGCGACGGCGGACACGAGGACGACGUGGAGAAGGCGGUGCUGCUGUCCACCUUGACGCGCACCCAGGCCGCCGCCGUGCAGCGCCGCCUCGACUCCUAUACCUGCUCCCUGCGCCGGAGGAACAAGCCCUCGCCGCGGGACGUGCGGGACGUAUUUGCCCCACUCACCGCCCCGACCACUGUGCCGGAAUCUCAGUACGCUGAGCAUCGGAGUCCUGAGAGCAGGAUGGAGACCCCUCCAACAGCCAUCAGUGUGGAGCCGCAGGCAGGGACUCAGAGGGAGGAGAUCUUCAUCACUGACAUUGCGUAUUGCGAACAGGCAGCCAUCCUCCUCAAACAGGCCAAGCUGCCGCAAAACAGCACCUCCCGCAGGAAAGAUGACGGCACUCUACCCAAGGUGAUCUGCCCCCAGUGUCGGCUGGGGGUCACCCACAUCCAGGACCUGUCCCAAGCGGACAUGAAGAAGGUGCGGCAGCUGGCUCUCAUCGACAUGACCGCCCUGUGCGACCUUCUGGAGCUGGAGGUCAAGAGGCACAAGACCUGCAAGAGGAGGAUGCCAGAAGGCGCCCUCUUCGGGGUUCCUCUGGCCAUGCUGGUGGAGAGCGAUCAGAAGUUGAAGCCCUGUACCUCUGUCCCUCUCGUCCUGCAGGCACUGCUGUCCUUCCUGGAGAAGAAGGGCAUCGACUCAGAGGGCAUCCUGCGAGUUCCAGGGUCCCAGUCCAGGAUUAAGAUGCUGCAGCAGAAACUGGAGGGCACUUAUUACUCUGGGGACUUCAACUGGGAUGAGGUGAGCCCCAACGACGCGGCCGCCUUGCUGAAGAAGUUCAUCCGCGAGCUACCCUCGCCGCUGCUGAGCGCGGAGUACCUCAACACGUUCAGCGCCGUGCGCGACAUUCCUGAGCUGAAACAGAAGCUUCACAUGCUGAACCUACUGGUCAUACUGCUUCCGGAAGCCAACAGGAACACUCUGAAGGUGCUCCUGGAGUUCCUCAGUAAGGUGGUGUCCCGGGAGAAGCGGAACCGCAUGAACCUGUGGGCUGUCUCCACCAUCAUGGCGCCAAACCUCUUCCUGCACAAGGCUGUCCCCAGCCGGCUGACGGAGGGCAUGGAGAAGGGGCAGGCAGAGAGGGCAGCUGACAUCAUGAGGCUGCUCAUCCGCUACCAGGACCUCCUCUGGACGGUCCCCAACUUCCUGAUGAGCCAGGUCCGCAAGCUGAACGAGAACAGCAGCCGGCGGUACCAGUUCUACGAUAAGCGCAUCAAGAACCUCCUGAGGAAGAUCCACACUGACAGCCGAGACAAGCCGGAGAAGUCCUCCUCAGAGCCCUGCCGAACCGUUAAGAUUCAGGUGGGCGACAUGUUGAGCAGCUCCAUUGAGGUCCACCUCAACAUCAACUCGCGCGCAGCAGACCUGCUGGCCCAGGUCCACCAAGACCUGUGCCGCUCUGACAGUGGCAAAGGGCUGAAAAGAAACGGCUGCUUCACCUACCAUGACUGUGCCAUUUAUGAAGUGGGCGGGAACAUUGGUGAGCACUGCCUGGACCCUAACACCCACCUGCUGGACCUGUACAACAGCAACCCGGGGGGGGAGUGGGUGAUUAAGCUGAAAUCAGCAGCUAACAGAGGCCUCUGAGGACAGAUGCAGAGACCCCCCCCCGGCCCCCCGCACUUUGCUACUUUGAAUCCCUUGUGGGAAAAUCCUGAUGUAACUGCUGUGGCCCCACCCCCCGCCGCAGGCGUGCGGAGACUGAGUGUGCGGCAGCCCACCAAGGGCACCUCCAGGCAAUGGCGCUGGCGAGACAGGGGGAAACCUUCUGGAAACAUCUCUGAUGGACAUGAGAGGGAGGAGGCUUGGACAUGUGUUUCAAAAUCAGGCCGCCGUCCCCAAACCUAUAUGAGCGCCAUGAUUUAUCGUCACAUGGAGAGGAAGGUCCGUAUUCAUGAAAGCUGCCAUCUUGGCUCCUCUGCAGGGAGGCCCCCGGAAGGUGGACAGAGAUUCCGAACUGCAAUUCCCCGGUGGGCUCCUUGUAAGACAUUUCUUCUGUUACAGAAGAAUCUUCUUGAACAUUGACUGGGACAACGAAGCUGGACUUCUGCUUUCUCCUCUGAUUGAACGUUUUUUAAAAUAUUGCCUCGCGCGACUUAUUUAUGAAUGUUGUCAAGAAUGUUUGUGCGGAUAUUUAUCUGCAGAGAAAUUCUCACAAAUGUGACACACAUACGAAAGUCAUUAAGCCCUUAUUUUUCCUCUCCUUUUUCGUGUCGUUCAUCGUUCGUAUUACCUGAGGUUCGUCUUAAUCGAUGUCUCCUAUAUAAACCGCAUGAAGUGUCAGUAUAUAUUAAACAGAAUCAACUCAAACGGUUUGAAUGUGAAUAGUUUUUAUGAACCACAUGGACUUGUAUAGUCUGAUGCGAGCUGAAUUAUAAGCAGUAGUUCUUGUGUGCAUCAUCUUAUAUUAGCAGAACGUGAUAUAUGGUCAAACACAUGGUGGGAUAAAUGCCGUUGAGACCUUCCUACAAUAACACUAACAGAGGGCAUCCAUCAAACGGGCUAAUUCAUUUGCUGUCAGUACACGUAUGGAACCAGAAUCGGGGAUAAUAAAUGAAAUGCAUUAUGAGUGAAUAAUUGUAUCUGAGAUCCGAUAAAGCGGGUUGCGGGAGCUGGGUUUUAUGAGUCUCCUCGGGCUGGGCAAUGUGGGGGACCACGCAUGGCCAAGAUGGCCGACCGCACCGCCUGGCCGUCGGGCCUCAUUACUCAAACGCUUCGUUUGGCUGCCCCAGGUUUUGGCCCACGGUCCGGUGCUCAGGCACAAAGCAGCAGAGAGGCAGCCUCAUGCUGAUACCACUGAUCUAAAGUAGGUCACCUUGAGAGUGUUUCCCCCAGAGGGCAGAGCGUGAUGCUGUACCCCAGUAAGCGCCACAUGCCAACCACCCCUCCCCAGGCAUGCGCAGACUUACACAAUAACCGGCAGCUAGGUGAUGACCUGCCUGUACUCUCCCGCCACACACCCCCUUCCAUGGUGCCCUCAUGCAUGUUCCAUGACCCUUAUGUGUUGAAACAUAUAACACAAAGACGACCAAACCUUUUUGGUAACACGAAAAGCUUGCAAAGACUAUGUACAAUGCAGUAUAACCCCUACGAUUCCUCAUGCACAUUGCAAUGGAGUUUAAGGGUGGAUUUCACUAUGUCUGUAUUAUAAUGUAUUAUAUAUGCAUUAUUAUGCAUAACAGUGUUUCAUGAUUGUGUCAUUGGAGUCAUUUGCAGGGGGUAUCUGUAGGAAGCAUUACUCCCCCCCCUUACUGGCAGCAGCAAUGGAAACAUUUUUGUUGAUGAUGUAUGUUUCAGACCUGGUUCUGAUAUGUAUCUGUGACAUAAAUGGCUUGAUGGUAUCUAUGGGAAUGGUGUCAUGUGAAUGUGAUUGUUUUUGUAGAGCUGACAGAGAGAUGUAGAAUUUCCUUAAUAUAUUUUGACUUUAUUUGAUUUCGAGGUUAACUCUGAUAAACUGCUAAAAAAAUAUUGCAAGGGUGGUAUCUUAAUUGUAUGUCUAAUCUGUUCUCUGAUGUAAGGUGAGCUGCAGAUGUGAGUGUGGAUCACCAAUGUCCAUUUUAUUGUACUUUAUGCACUUGAUUGCUUUGCGAGAUAUAUAUGUUUACAGAUUUCAACAUUUUCUAUUGUUCGGUAGGACAGCCAGGUAAAUUAUGUCAGUGUUCUUUUUGUAAGAAUGAAGAAAUAUCUGAUUUUUUAAAAACCAAUAAAUCAAUUUUAAAAAUCA